AUGGAACAUGUCCGUAGUCUUUUAGAAAAAAGAAUCGAAAAAUGUCCUAACGAAAUAUGUAGAUGUGAAAAAAAAUUAGAAGUACGUGAAUAUUGUGAAAAUUGUAAAAAUCGUUUAAAAUGUGAUAUAGAAGCUCCGUUAAUAUGUAGUGAUUGUCUUCAUGAAGUAUUAGAAAGAGAGUUUAAUAACUGGUCGAGUGGAAAUUUACUAAUCGAUGAAUUUAUCCAAAAAGCUCAACAGUCAUUAUCUUAUGUUCGAUACCCAGAAUGGAUUCCAUAUAGUUUUUUCACUGAAAUAAAAUGUAUUGAUAGAGGCGAAUUUGGUGCUAUAUUUUCCGCAAAAUGGAUUCAAGGUGCUAAAAUUUUCGAUAACGAUAACGAUGAGCGUUAUUACUCUCGUUCAAGUCCCUGCGCAAUUAUUUUAAAGAAAUUAAAAGAUAUGAAACAUUUGGAACAGUUUUUACCUACGAAAGAAGAGCUUCAUGAUCAAACAUAUUAUUGUUGCUUAUAUGGAAUUACCCAAGAUCCUUCAACAUUAGAAUAUAUGCUUGUAGAACCCACAUCUGUAUGUGACAGAUGUUUCUAUAGAAUAAUAGAAAGUGAAUUUUCUAACUGGACUAGUGGAAAUUUACAAAUUGAUAGAUUUAUUCAAGAAGCACAACUUUCAUCAUCUUAUAUCCAAUACCCUGAAUGGAUUCCGUAUAACUCUUUAAGUGAAAUAAAAUUUAUUAGCAAAGGCGGAUUUGGUGCUGUAUAUUCUGCAAAGUGGGAUAAAGGAAUAAAAUAUUUUUCUAUAGUAGACGGAGAUAAAUAUUAUACUCGGUCCGAACCAUGUACUGUUGCUUUAAAACAAUUAGAAGGCGAAAAUGAUACAAUUCAUCUUUUUCUUAGAGAGAUUCAAGCACAAUUUAAUUGCUGUCAUUUAUACGGAGUUACUAAAGAUCCUUCGACAUCACAAUACAUGUUCGUAAUGCGAUAUGCACCACAAGGAGAUCUUCGACGAUUCUUGCAGAGAAAUUUUAAUAAACUAACUCUAGAAAACAAAUUAAGUAUAGCACAAUCUAUAUGUAUAGAGCUUAAAAAUAUUCAUGCUAAAGGUUGGGUACAUGGCGACCUUCAUGGCGGAAAUAUUUUAUUAUUAAAUGAAGAUGAUGCCUUUAUAUCAGAUUUUGGUUUAUGUCGACCGGUAAAUGAAACGCGAAUGCUUGAUCAAAAAAUUUAUGGUGUCAUACCAAAUAUUGCACCUGAGAUACUAAGUUUUCAAUCUCCGUAUUCUCAGUCAGGUGACAUUUAUAGUCUAGGUAUUAUUUUAUGGGAACUAGUUUGUGGAAUUCCUGCAUUUUCAAACAGAGCACAUGAUGUAAACUUCAUAGCAGAUAUUUGUAAUGGUCUUCGACCAAAGACGUGUCAUUUUGCACCUUUGACAUAUAAUGAUUUGCUGAGAAGAUGUUGGGAUCAAAAUCCUUUAGAAAGACCAACUAUAAACGAAAUAUUAGAUUCUAUUCAAUUAUUAUGUACAUGUUUUAGAUAUAAUUGUCUGCAUUAUUGUUACAGUGAUAAGGAAUUUCAUCACUAUCAGACUCAAAAGAAAUUUAAAUUUUUAGCAUUAUCUGGUUUUCUAGAGGAAUUGACACUUGAUGAAUAUCAAAAUCAAGAUAAUAGAAAUAAAAGGUAUUAUAAGAACACUCAGGGGGAGAAUGUUUGGUUAUGGGAAUGGGAUGGUACUAAUUUAUCACGGGAAUUACUUAAUUCGCAUAAUGCAACCAAGAUAUAUAACAUCAUGAAAUGGAAACCAGAUAAUCCUAUUCACAAAGAUGCAGUAUAUAAAAGUCGCAUGAUUAGUAUUAGUAAUGGGUAUAUGGCUCGUCAAAAUAGCAAGUCAUUUCAAUAUGAAAUUUCUGACAUACCAUACAUGAGUUUAUGA